AUGGCUAAAUUAAGAAAGUCAUAUGUAUUGUUGGCUCUCUUUGUUGCGUUAGUCUCAAUGGAAUUGGCGAGCAUUGUUGAGGGCCAAGGUAACAAGGAUAAGCAGAAGAAGCCAGCCGACUGGGCAGCGUCGACAAACUACAACGUUUUGACGCCGUUAGCAUCGGGAAGGGAACGAGCAUUUUGUAAAGCUAGGGGGAAAUGUACUUCCAAAACCCUUACUUGCCCCGCCCAAUGCCCUGAGAGAAAGCCUAAGAAGAACAAGAAGAACAAGGGUUGCUACAUUGAUUGCAGCAGCAAGUGUGAAGUCACUUGCAAGUUUAGAAGACCCAACUGUAAUGGCUACGGUUCACUCUGCUACGACCCACGUUUCGUCGGCGGUGACGGCGUAAUGUUCUACUUCCAUGGCGCAAAGGGUGGAAACUUCGCCAUCGUCUCUGACGAAAACCUCCAAAUAAACGCACACUUCAUCGGAACAAGGCCCCAAGGCAGGACCCGAGACUACACAUGGGUCCAGGCCCUGUCCGUCAUGUUCGACACUCACACCCUAGUCAUCGGAGCAAUGCGUGUCCCACAGUGGAACGACGACGUAGAUGCCCUGACCGCCACCUGGGAUGGUGAGUCCAUCCCGAUCCCCACAGACGGCGAGGCAGAAUGGAAGACCGACAGCACUCUAAGCAAACGACAAGUCGUUUUAGAGAGAACCGACGAUUAUAACAGCGUCAGAGUAACAGUGGCAGGUCUCGUGCAAAUGGACAUUAGAGUGAAACCCAUUGGGAAAGAAGAGAACAGAGUUCACAACUAUCAAAUCCCAGAAGGCGAUUCGUUCGCUCACUUGGAAACUCAGUUUAAAUUCUUCCAUCUCUCAGAUUCCGUUGAAGGGGUUUUGGGUAAGACUUACAGACCUGGGUACGUCAGCCCGGUGAAGAUAGGAGUUCCGAUGCCGAUGAUGGGUGGGGAAGAUAAGUACCAAACGACAUCGUUGCAUUCUCCUCUUUGUAAUUCUUGCAAGUUUCAGAGGCCAUCUAGUUCCGACAUCAAUAAUGGUGAAGUUGCUCAGUACUGA